CAGGCGUGUUCGCCAUGUCGUUCGCUUAGUAUUCCGACACUGGCGUCCGUAUACUGAAACUCGUUGUGAGCCAUCCCUCACCUCGCGCCAAUCCUUCCAUCCCGCAUUUCAAACCUUCUGAAGCUACAUCUCUUCCUGAUUUGUCUCAUAUACACCAAUAGAAGAAAUGGUUGGAAAGAAGAAGCGCGGGCAUCCCGACCUGGAGGAAGCCCUCGGACGACCAUGGUGCUAUUACUGUGAGCGCGACUUUGACGAUCUUAAGAUUCUGAUUUCGCAUCAGAAGGCUAAGCAUUUCAAGUGCGAGCGAUGUGGAAGAAGAUUGAACACCGCGGGAGGCUUGUCCGUUCACAUGAACCAGGUUCAUAAGGAAACCCUGGCCAGCGUGGACAAUGCGCUCGGCAAUCGCGCGUCUCUGGAUGUCGAAAUCUUCGGAAUGGAGGGCAUCCCAGAAGAAGUUGUCCAAGCACACAACCAAAGGAUGAUCACCCAGUUUUAUCAAGCCGAGGCGGAUCGACGCACCGCAACCGGAAACUAUGGUCCGGGUGGGGGAGCUGGAGGACCGUCGAAGAAACCGAAAUUUGAGUCGCCUGGCGACCUCAAGAAACGACUGGCCGAACAUAAAGCACGAUUGGCUGAACAGAAUACUGCAGGUGGAAGCAGCGGCGACAAUACCCCUGGUGCGGGUAUUCCGAAUAGCCAGAGCCCAGCACCGGCAGUUCAGAGCAAAUCUCCAUACGCUGCCCCACAAGCACCAUAUGCCGCUCCUCCAGGCGCAUCGUACGGAUCGUUCCCACAAGAACCAUAUGCACAGCCGGGCCAAGCCUACCCACAGCCGUACGGACAACCUGCAUAUCCUCCACCCGUCUCCCAAUAUCCUCCGCAGCAGCCACAAUAUGCAGCAGCUCCAGCGUAUGCAGCACCCCAAAGUUAUUCGCCAGGACCAUACGAACAACCACCACAGGCUAACUUUAGAGCUGCACCACCUUCCUUCGGGGCUGGCGCACCCCCAGGAUUUAAUCCCUACCAACCACCACCCCAUGCAAGUCCUCAAAUCAGUUCAUUGCCUGCUCGGCCGGGGAGUUUACCUCAGGCGCCCGGUUUACCUCAGAGGCCGUCCUUUGGCACUUCGCCAACACCACCGUUCUCAAUGCAACACCAAGCACCCCCUCCGCCGCAAGGUAGCUGGGGGCCAAACGGAUGGAAUGGGGCAGAUCACCAAAAUCCAGCUAUGUCUUCAGCAUACCCUCCUCACCAAGGCUAUAAUGAUGGUUAUGCCGCUAACGGAGUUGUUGGCAAUAAUGGAGCUUCAGGAGCUGCUAGAGAACCAGAUGACAUUGACGAGUUAAUCAGAAUGGCAGAGGCUGGCAUCAAACCGCCGAAGAAGGGAGAAUCCCCUUCUGCUCCUGUUUCGGUACCAGCACCCAAUGCUGCCCAGCCUCAACCAACCGACCGAGCAGCGGCUCCUGGAGCAGCAGCAACACCAGAAGCCGGCGAAAAGAAAACAAGGAAAGAUAAGGAUAAGGGCUCGAAAAUGGUCUAUUCAGAUAGCGAGGUUAGUCCCGAGGAGAAGAUGGCAAAGCUGUCCAGGUACGCAUUCGCUCCAGAACCGAAGAAUGACACAGCACUUGUCGAUGCUACCGAGAUUCCUGCGGUUGCUGGCACUGUCGAUGAAUAGACAUGCCACCCCAGCAUGCUCAGCAUUACAAUAUAAUUCACGACCGUCGGCCAUGGAUACAUGUUUCGACUCGUGCUGUUACAAUACCGAAAUCAUCGCAAUACCCACACCACAUCAAUACCGAACAUAAGGCCAAGCCCACAAAUCUGCAGCUGAGUACUAAUUUGGUUCGUCACCCCACCUGUCGGUUUCCUGGAUUUUGGGGUGGGAGUGUACUCGGUUACUUUUUUUGUUCUGGCGCUACUCUAGACUCUAAAAUUCGCUUUUUAUUCGCUUGGCGUAUUCGCGGCGGCGGUCCCGAGGGAGGCGGCGGCAGAGAGAGGUGGGUGUCUCACAUGGCGGCAUCUGGUGAGUGAGCCUUUUUUGUCACCCGUGUAGAUCUGGGAGGGAGUUAUUGGGAGGAAUUAUGCGGAGUUGGUGGGCUGGGAGCUCGCCCUUGAGGGUGUAUGACUUGGCAGAUUUGUAAGUACUAAAAGGUUGGCGAUCUCAAUAAUAUCAUGCAAUCCGUGUUGUCCUUGCUCCCGUGCUGCGUUGUAUGCGUCGUGUAGGAAUCCAGUGCCUCACAACGAGGCCAGCCAGAAACAAUAUUUGCCGGUUAGACCGGUCUAGAUCUAUUAGUGUGUUAUUAGAAAGACGUUGAUCAUGCCCCGAAUGGAUGGAGGGGUCGAGCCGUAGGAUCAUAGAGUAACAUGUUGAGACUGAGCGCUUACGCCAUCAAUCUCUUCCGCUGUAACCUUCUGAGAAGCGCACUCGCACAGUAACGCAAGAGAUGUGCCGUUGGAUUAAUCGUCGGUCCCGCAAUUGUCUCGUCGACAUGAUUUGUGGUAUGCAGUAAACUAUGAUGCGUGUCAGCAGAAGCCACACAUAGUAAGCACCUGAACACGAAUCCCAAGCAAUGCAGUCCCAACAUCGUACCCAACACAUACUGCACCGCACUGCAUCUGGAACCACCCACAGCCUCUCGUGGGGUGAAAAUUGCACACCCGCAUGUCCCGGGCCACGCUACUCGUACUGGUCCCCCCGCCAAGCCGGGGACGCACGCAGGCACAACGGUGUCUCACAAAAAGCAGGCGUGCUUCCGUCGGCGUACCGACACGCGCUGUGCCACCACCCGAGGCGGCAGGGUUCGUCAUGUCAUGUUUGUGUGAGAAGUUUCGGGUAGGAGGGGGGGAGGUGGUGCCGAAUGUGCCUAGGGCGUGGAAUAUGUGGGUAUAUGGUGCGUGUCGAUGAGAUUUUGAUGUGCUGUCGUGACAUACAGGUCCAUUUCGAGUCAUAAUCAGCGCCAGCUGAUUAUGUAUGCACUAUACCGCUCCCUGAUCAAAUCCCGAGCCUUAUCUUGGCUCCUUCUUGCCACGACCCUGGGUGUCUCUGUCGAUUGCAAAAACCUACAGUCGAGUCGCGCUAAGUCGAUACAUGGUAGGCAGCUAAAAUAUAUAGACUUAUCAAGAAAACCGAGAUAUCAAAUUUGCC